AUGGAAUCCACACAAAAGAAUGAAUUCAAAAUUCUAUUAUUAGGUAUGACAGGAGCAGGGAAGUCUACACUUAUAAAUCAAUUGACUAAUUACUUCAAAGGAGGAGAUCCACAAAACCUUAAAAUUGCAAUACCAACAGAAUACCUAGAUGUCACUGAAAAUGAAUUCACGCAUUCGGAAAAAGAUAUUGGUGACGAAAGCCAAAGCAAAACAAGAGAAUGCCAAGCUUAUAGCUUCAUAGACUCAAAAAACCAUAAUGAUAAAUUCACUUUCAUCGACACUCCUGGGUUAAGCGAUGUUGAUGGCGUUAAACAAGAUGAAAAAAACAUUGAAAAAAUAAUUAACAUAGUCCUUGAUGUCGAGCGUUUGUCUGCUAUUGCAAUAGUUGCUAAUGGGACCGAAACAAGAUUUACAUCUGCAAUGAAAAAUGCUUUAACUCAAUUGUCAAAUAAUCUUCCUGAUACCCUUAUUAAUGAUAAUCUUUUACUGAUCUUGACAAAGUGUAGAAAAAAUAGUGCCUCUCUUAAGCGAGAUAAGUUUUUUGCUAAACCGAAGGAAGAAAUUCAUAUGGAUAAUAGUGCAUUUUGUUCUGAUCCUCAAACUUUGGAAGAUCCUGAAGCAUUAUCAGAUACUGAACGUGAUUGGAAGAAAUCAAAUAAUUCAAUAGAAAAACUCCUUAAUACCAUCAAAACCAUGCCUUCUAUUCCAACCACUAAUUUCAAAGAGAUACAAGUUAUUAAAAACAGCAUGAAAAUAGAAAUCGACAAACUUUCUCGAAAUAUUGACAUCAUCCAAAAAGUUCAAAAUAAAUUAGACGAAAGUCUUGAGAAAAGGGAAAAUGCUUCUAAUAUAAAAAAGAAAUUUAUAUAUUAUAUAGAAAAUGACGUUAUUUAUACGAAAAAGUUUGUUGAAGUUGAUUAUAAAAAUACUUACUGUUCUAAUCAUAUGGAUAAAGGAAUUAUUUGUCAUAAAAAUUGUGGAGUUGAAUAUGAGGAUAAAAACACAAAUGACCUUCAGAAAUGCUUCUGCAUGUUGGGAAAUUCUUGUAAGGAGUGCGGUUGUGGAUAUGAAAGACAUUUUCAGUGGAACCAAGAGCUGAAAACUGAGCUACCUCCUGAAACUGCCGAAUCUUUGGUAAUAAAUAAAAAUCAGUUCAAAGAGGCCAUUCAAGAUUAUCAAAAGCAUAGUUCUGAUAUCAUUGUUCAUGAAAAGGAAUUGCAUGAACUGGAUUCUAAAGUAGAUAACUCUUGCAACCUUAUAGAUGAGAACCGCCAAAAGCUCAGAAAACUUUGCGCUCGCUUUAAUUUUGUCAAUGAAUUUCAAGAAAACAUAGAUAUUAUGAAAAGGUGUGCUACAACAAUUAAUAAUUCCGAAAGAGGAGACAAAAUUAUGAAUUUUAUUAAGAAACUUGAACAAUUAUUUGAUGAUCGAUCAAUUCAAUCAGAAAGAAAUACCUUUGUUAAAAUAACCCUGAAUUGA